AUGGCCGCAGCAACACCACAGAUCUCACACGCGCACCAAACCUACAUCACGCACAUCCUGGAGUACUGGUUCACGCCCUCGAGUCCCGGCGCCAGCAUAACUGAGAAAUGGUUCCGGCCACCGAACCGCGACCAAGUCGACGAGGAGAUCCGCACGAAUUUCGAACCACUGGUUCAACAGGCGCGUAACGACAGUCUCGACAACUGGACGACUACCCCUUUAGGUUCCCUCGCGCUGAUCAUCCUCCUGGACCAGUUUCCCAGGAACAUCUACCGUGGUUCGCACCUCUCGUACUCGUCGGACGCCAAGGCCGUGGACGUCGCAAUCCAAAGUGUCGCCCGGGAAUCCGACCACUCGCCGGACCUGACCGAGUUGCAGACCCUGUUCUUCUACAUGCCCCUUAUGCACGCGGAGAGCCUGAUCCACCAGAUCGCAGGGAUCAGUCUGUUUGAGCUGUUGGCUGCACGCUGCCUCGCCAACACGAAGUUGAGCGCCACCGAACGGGAGGAGGUGACGAAAUUCGUGACGGCAUCACUGAAUUUCGCAAAGGCCCAUCGGGACGUGAUCAUGCGGUUCGGCCGAUUCCCGAGCAGGAACGAGGUCCUGGGUCGGCCGAGUACACCGGAGGAGGUGCAGUUUCUGAGGGACAAUCCUGGGGGCUUUGCCAUGGGAGGGUCGGGGAGUUGA